AUAUCAUAUUUCGUGUCACCAAUUAAGAGUUUAUAAAGAUCAUUUUAUAAUUAAUUAAUCAUGAUUUAUUCAGAAAAGUAUACAAAGUUCACAAAAAAUUCUCUGCUCAAAUUUUCUUGAAACUUUUUUUCGCUUUUACAGGAAUGAAAUAAUGUUGUCGCUUAAUUGUUUGAUUCUAGGACAAGCUUCUGAAAAAAGUUUCACUGAAAACAUUGGCGAAAGAUAUUCCGAUGAUAAUAAUGUUGAAAUCAAAUUUUCUGAAUUUAAGGUUUCACACUUCAAAGAGAUGCUCUUUCGUAGGGGCGAAGUAAAAGAUGUAGUUCGAAAUACUGGAGAAAUGGAUCUUUGGAAAAUUGACAGCAUGAAAGUUAAUGAAGAAGAAGACAAUCUUAAAGAAUUUACUGAAAGUGACAUCAGAGAAAAACUUGGAGGCGAAUUGAUGAAUCCUCAAUCAAGUCUUAGUGAAUAUUUCAAUGAGAAUAGUUUCAAAGAUGAGGGAAGCAAGUCUGCCGUUCACAUCAUCGUGCAACUUGUCCUUUGGGAGACCAAUACGCCCAAUGAACCAAAGGCUAAAUUCACGAAUCUCAUUCCUGCUGAGGCGGAUUUAUCUGAAACAUUUAACCGUUUGAGUAUGACAGAAAAAAAAAGUCAGUCAUACAUCGGUUAUCAGGAAAUACUACCAAUUACGGGCACUGGCAUGUUACCACGACGUGUAAUUCUUUCAAGAUUUUGGAGUACAUAUAUAAAGGAUACUCCAUUGUCAUAUAUGAACUCAGGAAUAGUUAAUGGAGGACCGGCUAUAAUUGCUUAUGUUCAUGUACCCAAGGGUACGCCGGUUGAACUCCCUACGGAGUUCGAAGGUUAUCCUGUACUCUUAGACUACGGAACUAUAGAACCGGCUUGUCAUACAAGACCUGUAGCUCUUUCACCCGGUAUCAGCAUUGGUAGUGUAAGUGCUUGUACGUUAGGAGCAAUGUUUAAAAAUGAAACCGAAAUGGAAAAAAUCUUUAUACUUACAACGAAGCAUAGCGUUGGAAAUACUGACAGUACGGUAAUUCAGCCGGGUAGUUCUGAUGCCGAAAAAGGUUAUACCAUUUGUGCCAAGGUAUCAAAGUAUAAUUUUUAUGGUGUUAUACAUGAACAUGAAGAUGCAGAUGCACUUUUGCUUGACUACGCUUUCUGCGAGGUUAUUAAUAGCCAAGUAGUGUCUACUAAUAAUACCCCUGAAUUUUGUAUAAGUAAUACGAAGGAUUCCGGGAGUGGCCCUGAAAUUGAAUAUGAGAUUCGUAAAUUUGGUAGGACAACAAAUUAUACUGAAGGAGUGGUAGAGGAUAGGUUGGAAUUUUUUUAUAAUCGUAAAUUUGGUCAUGUGAAAACUUUAGUCGUUAGCGCCAAAGAAAGAUUUGGUGCUCCCGGAGAUUCAGGUUCUCCGGUUUUCGAUAAAAAUAAUACAUUGUGGGGGAUUCUUCAAGGAGUUUCUCCGGAUGGUUUAUUAGUAUCAGUUGUUCCUAUUCAUUUGAUUUUACAACAUGUUCGAAGUGAGUUUGAAGUAAGUUUUAAACUUAUGAGUGAAAUUUAAUUGUAUAUAAGGGGCCUCCGUUCCCAAAUUUGUACAGUAUAAUAAUCAGAAAAGUAUAGUGUUAACAUGUGUAAAAAUAUUGGCUAAUAAAAAUGUUUUGCGUAGUUUGCAUUGCUUUUUGCUGUAAUAAAUCUUGCAAAAAUUAACCGUGUUGAUUACAUGUUUCCCGAAAGUUCUUUCAUUACGUACGCAAGAU